AUGUCUUCCAUUGAAAAACGUGUCUUUGUUGGGAACUUGAAUAAUGAUAUCGAUGGUUGUUUAGAUGAUCUAUAUAAAAGGUUUCAAAAAUUUGGUAAAUGUGAACAAGAAAGUUUUGAGAAACAUUCAAAUUUUGCCUUUUUGAAUAUGAGUUUCUCUGAUGAUUCAUCCUUUAGUACUUUGAAACAAAAUUAUAAUAAGUUGAAGUUUAAAGGAAACAUUUUGAGGAUUGACUUAGCUAAGCCAGAUUGGCAGACUGCUUGGAACCAGCAAAAUGAAAAGGAUUUAAAAGAUGAUCUAAAACUCUCUAAAUUUAAUGCCAAACAGAAUUGGAAACAUUAUAAGAAAUUAGAAAACAUUGAUAAAUCAUGGAUUGAUCGUAAACAAGUAAUAAGUGGUAGAAUGAGAGAGACACCAAGACCAAAAGCCCAAUUACGUAACAUUACGUUCAGAGUUGAUGUUAAUGGUUCAUUAAAAGUUUAUAAAUGUUAUAAAAACAAGCUAUGGGGUUAUGAUAGAGAUAAAGAUAUUAAAGAUUUAUCUUAUAAGUUCAUUGCUGGAAAAUGGCGUAAUGGUUAUGAUCACAUAGUUGACAGAUUGGACUAUACUAGAAGUAAGCAAAGUAUUGGUUUAAGAGAUGAAAUACAUAUUCUCUCCAAGCAAGAUGGUGAAAACAUCGAAGAUGCUGAUGAAGAAAUACUAGAAGAAGAAGCAGAAAGAGAAAAGAAUACAGAUGCAUUGUCACAGGUAUUACAAAACUUUGAUUUCGAUAACCCUGUUUCAGUAUUUGAUUCUGAUGAUGAAUUUGAAAUAAAUGCCAAUAAAGCAUCUGUAGAUAAGUCCAGCAAGAACAAGACUAAAGAUGAAUAUGAGGAAGACUAUAAUCAAAAUUACAAAAAAGACUAUAAUCAAAAUUACAAGAAAGACUACAAUCAAAAUUACAAUGAAGAAUAUGAUGAUGAUUACAAUCAAAAUUAUGAUGAAGAAAAUUAUGAAGAGCCAUCGAUACCUGAUUCUAAAACUAAAAAUGAAGAAAAGCAUUCAAAGGAAGAAGAAAGCGAAGAUGAAUUUAUUCCUUCAUUCCCAUCACAACCUGAUCCUAAUUUUGUUGCUACAGAAGGUACAAUUAGUAACACUGAUACAUUGAGAUCUCUAUUUAACCCAGAUAAACCAAAUGAUUCAUUUACAUUAAUCAAAGGUUCAAAUGAAGAUAUUGAUCAAGAUAAGAAAAUUACUGAUGCUCUUCCUGAUACAAUGGGUAUAAACGAAGAUGAUAAAACAACUUCUUUUAACCAAGGAUAUAAACAAAGUUUAUUUUUCCCUCAUUUAGAUUCUCCCUUCUUGGUUGGUCAAACACAAUUAACCAAAAUAAAAUCUAUUAAAGAAGAAGAUAUAUUGGCUAAUUGGGAAAAUGAAUUUUGGGACAAUAGAGGAUUAUGGACCAGAGAAUUGAAGAGAUUGAAAAGAGAUGCAUUAAGGACAGUGAAGAAGAGACAAAGCAAAAAUGGUGGUAAUCUAUUAAUUUAG